AUGUACUGGAAAUUUAACCAUGGUCCUGGAGGACAGCCAUUUCCAGCUGGAGACCGAGUGACAUUUAAUGGAAAGGAGUGUAUCUGCCAAAAGUGUAACCAGCCGCUCCCUGCAAAUAGCCCUGCUCCCAUACAGGCUGUCCACAAUUGCUGUGGCUGUGGGAAGGAUUUUAAAAAUGAACAGUCUCUUGUAGCACUGGACAAGCACUGGCACCUGGGCUGCUUCAAAUGUAAAGUGUGCAACAAGGUUCUCAGUGCUGAGUACAUCAGCAAGGAUGGGAUGCCAUACUGUGAGACGGAUUAUCAUGCAAUGUUUGGGAUACAGUGUGAGAACUGUAAGAACUACAUCACUGGCAAAGUCUUGGAGCCGUACAAGGCUGCAUUUGGCACCCCUGCUCCCGGAGCCCUGCCCCUGCCUGGAGGUCCGAAUAUCCCCAAGGCCCGGGCCCCGCAACCGCAGGGGACCACCACCCGACUGGAGGGCACACCACUGCCACACCUGCGGCUCCUUGAAGAGGGAAGGAAAAAAAGGGGACAAGCAGCAAAACAAGAAGAAAAGAGUAAGAAGCAGGUCCGGAUACAGCUCAAUGACAUCCCAGAGCAGCAGGUGACCAGGACUUCCUCUGAGAGCAUUGCUUCGGUCCCUCCAUCGAGUGCCUCAGGCUCUCCAAGCAGAGUCAUCUAUGCUAAACUAGGCGAAGAGAUGCUAGAUUACAAAGAUCUAGCAGCUCUUCCAAAGACCAAGGCCAUCUAUAACAUUGACAGGCCAGAUAUGCUGUCCUAUUCUACGCAUGUCAGCUACCCAUCUGAGGAGAGGCACUACGGAGAGGGUGAUGGUGAGAAGUCACCACGUCAACGGAGGCCUUCUAGCCCCAGCUCCAACAGCUCUCUGGGGGGCUACGGACGAUACACCCCAUCCCGCUCCCCUCAGAACUACAGCCGAGCAGGACCUGUGGUGCACCUUGCUGGUAGAAACAGAAGCCAAGCCCGUGACUCCACUUCUCUCUCAUCGCCCCCUGCCCACAGGGGUGAUAUUAAGUACCCUUCCAACUGGGUCAUGGAUUUGCACCAUUUUAGUGGGGCUGAAGGGAGUGGUGGAAGUUGUAUUGAUACUCACUCACCUACACCAUCAGGUGGCAGUGCAGGCUUUUCUUUACAGCUCAAUCCCACUACACUGGCCAUGCUGCAGCAGCAUAACUACAUCCCUUACUUCAGAGGUAGUGAAAGUGGUCGGAGUACCCCAAGCUUAUCCACCUAUUCCGAUGGCAAAUCCCCCUCAUCUACCUCUACAUAUGUGGCUGCUCCUCGACAUUUCCACGUACCAGAGACUAUGGUCAAAGAUAAUAUCUAUAGAAAACCCCCCAUCUACAGACAGCAUGCUUCUAGAACAUCCUGGCAGGAUGGUGAGGAUAGCAAGAGAACCAGUUGGAUGAUCUUGAAGGGUGAGAUUGAUGGCCAGAUGGGUCUGGAAGAGCAUGACCCCUGCAAAUCAACAUGCAGUUUGCCCAUUGACGUAUCCCAACCCAAUUUCCCCUACAACAAGUCUGCAUCUUUACCCGGUUAUGGAAGGAAUGGCAUCUACAAGGCUGCUGAAAUGGUGGAGGAUGACGUUGAUCCUGACAGUCAGAGCUGGGGAGGCAUGAGGGAGUACAAGGUCUAUCCCUAUGAGAUGUUGGCAGUAACACAUAGGGUGAAAGUUAAGCUUCCCAGAGAUGUAGAUCGUACCAGACUGGAGAGACAUCUAUCUCCUCAAGACUUUCUGCAGGUUUUCGGCAUGACACUGGAGCAGUUUGACCGCCUUGCACUCUGGAAGAAGAACGACAUGAAGAAGAAAGCCCGGCUUUUUUGA